AAAAAUAAAGAAAAAAGCAGAGAGGGAAGUUGCGACCAGCUCGGGAACUCGUCUCUCUUACUGUUCCUCACCGCCCCGGGGCGGAGCUUCCCAAGCUGUGGACAGAGCCCGCGAGAAAGAGACCCAGACUCAGAGACCUCUCCACCACGUAUAAACCUCGUCGCCAUGCGCUCCGGUUCUCUCCUCCAUUCCCUUCCUCUACCUCCUCUCCUCUUCUGAGAUCUUGAGGCGAUCCCUUUCGUCUUCGUUCUCUUUCUCCCGUCCUCCCGUCGUGGAUUGCGAUGGCUAAUGCUCCCGGGCUCGUUUCUCCACCCGCCUCGUGCUUCCGGAUGAGAAAUUUGGCGCCUUUGGGCCUCUUCCGGCCCAGGCUCUUCGUGGCGGCGAGGAAUGUGAGGAGGACGCGGCUCUGGUGCUGCGCUGCCGCCGUGGACGGUGGUGUGGAGGAGGACCACGUCCUGAAAGCCGCCGCCACCUCUUCCAAUCCUCGUCUUCCAAGAGUUGUUGGAAUGGGUUCAAAGCUUGUUGGAUGUGGAUCAGCUGUACCAAAGCUUCUGAUUUCUAAUGAUGACCUUGCACAAAUUGUUGAAACUUCAGAUGAAUGGAUUUCUGUUCGCACAGGGAUUCGCAACCGACGUGUCCUUACAGGGGGUGAAACAGUCGGGGGGUUGGCUGUAGAAGCGGCAAAGGGGGCUCUUGAAAUGGCUCAAGUAGAGCCUGAUCAUGUCAACCUUGUCAUUAUGUGCACAUCUACCCCAGACGACCUCUUUGGUUGCGGUGCUCAGGUGCAGAGAGACUUAGGGUGCAAAAAUGCUUGGGCCUUUGAUGCUACAGCAGCUUGCAGCGGGUUUGUUGUGGGCCUGAUCACAGCAACUCGUUUUAUUAAAGGUGGGGGGUUUCAGAAUGUCCUAGUAAUUGGUGCCGAUGGUCUCUCACGAUAUGUCGACUGGACGGAUAGGGGCACAUGCAUACUUUUUGGUGAUGCUGCUGGUGCUGUGCUGGUCCAGGCAUGCAGUGGUGAUGAGGAUGGCUUGCUUGGCUUUGACUUGCACAGCGAUGGUCAUGGCCAAAAGCACCUGAAUGCCAUAGCCAAAGAUGAGGAAACUGAGCUCAUCUCAAGCAAUAAUGGUGCACCUCUUUUUCCUCCAAAGAGAUCAUCAUUUUCUUGCAUCCAAAUGAAUGGCAAGGAGGUUUUCCGCUUCGCAGUGCGGUGUGUGCCAGAGUCUAUUGAAGCUGCACUGGAAGAGGCUGGCCUUGCAAGUUCCGGCAUUGACUGGCUGCUGCUUCAUCAGGCAAACCAACGCAUCGUGGAUGCUGUGGCCACCCGGUUGCAGAUGUCCCCGGACAAGGUUAUCUCAAAUUUGGCCAACUAUGGGAACACAAGCGCUGCGUCCAUCCCUCUGGCAUUAGAUGAGGCUGUUCGCAGUGGAAAAGUGCAGGCAGGCAAUACAAUUGCUGCUGCAGGUUUUGGAGCUGGACUUACAUGGGGAUCUGCAAUAGUGAGGUGGAAAUGAGUCUCUCACCUCAAACUGAGGUGGUUGAAAAGCUUAGUAAGGGAGCAUCCGAGCAUGUAUCAUUAGUCAUAGCGCAGUUUGGCUUUCCUCAAGAGAUGUGGGUGAAAGAGGGGCUGCUUUGCUUUUUGUCACACCCCAAACCGAGCGUUCAACAGAUGCCGCAUAUCUGUGAGGUGGACCCUAUAGAUAUGCAAGAUAUAUUAUAAAUAAAUAAAUCUAACUAUUUCAUAAUAAUUCUAAACAAA